UUAUCUUCUUCGCUCAUUAUUAUUCUCUGUGGCGGCUGCCGCUCUCGUCGUCUGAUCUAGGCGGAGGUUGUUUUUCUGGUCAGAGGGGAUUAGGUCCUCGCCCUGCUCAACCACCCAUCUUUAAUCCUCUGCAGCACAGAAAAAGUUCUUGAUUGGAUCUGAAACAGGGGUCUCUCGAAGGUCUUCCCUGAAGCCGCCAUGGUCGCGGGCGCGCCAGAUUCGACCCAGCAACACCCCCAGGCAUCCUCGGCAUCUGUCCCAUCUGCUGAAGAAGAGGCCUUGAAGAGGAAUACCGAUUGCGUUUAUUUCCUCGCAUCGCCUUUGACCUGCAAAAAGGGGAGUGAAUGCGAGUAUCGUCAUAGUGAGUAUGCCCGGGUUAAUCCAAGGGAUUGCUGGUAUUGGUUGAAUGGCAAUUGCUUGAAUCCAAAGUGCGCUUUCCGGCAUCCUCCCCUUGAUGGCUUGCUAGGAGCGCAAGCAUCAGCUUCUAUUGGAGCAUCUCUGCCUCCUCAGCAGGUUGCUGUGCCACCUUCAACGCCUAACUCUUAUAAUAAUUCUGGCAGACAAGCGGUGCCUUGUAUUUUCUUCCAGAAGGGGCUCUGCUUGAAAGGCGAUAAAUGUUCCUUCCUGCAUGGAGCAAAUUCUUUCGGUAACAAAGUUCAACAGGCAACGCCGACAAUGCUAACUGGUGAUCUGUCCACUUCAAGAAAACCUCCGGGCGUACUCCAGAAAUGUUUUCAAGAGCAGCAAGUUCCUGCACAAUCCUCAAAACCACCAGUAUUGCAAUCAAGUGCCAAGCUGGUUCUAAAUGCAGAAUACGAUACACCAGGAAAUGUGGGCAGUCUUGAAAAGAGUUCUGUGGCUAGAAGUACAGAUGAAGAGGCAUCCCAGUGCAAACCUUCUCAUCCAUCAUCCAUUUUGAAUGGAAGCUUGCAAAGUAGGUCCGGACGGUCACAUCACACUUAUGCUUUUGAUGAACGUAGCUUCCAGAAUGAUAAGGAGGCUGAUGAAUUUUUGAGGGAAUCGUCUCCUGGCUUUGAUGUUCUUGUCGAUGAUGAGCUCGGAGAUCCUGAAUAUUAUCACGGUGAAGAUCAGUUUAGAAGAACGAGAACUCGUGAACGAAGAAUUUCAAGCUCUGCGAACGAGUACGAAAUGGAUCAUCCAGCUGACUUCAAUUCAUUAUCUGAUGCUGACAGAGAAAUGUUACAUGAUCGACACAUAUUUGAAUCUUAUGAUCAAAUGUCAGGGCAGUUUGGUUGGGAUCAGCCUCGAAAUCAGUCAGAGAAAAUAUUCGGGGGUCUGAGUCAUCGAGAAGGGAGGAAUCAUGUAAACAGCGAGACACCUGAAUUUUUUGGUGGAUCUGAUCUACGGCAUCGCCUAUCAAAGCAGCGCAGAGUCAAUGGUUUGAGAUCAGUUGUCAGCAAUGAUUUUGUCCCUGACUCUCAUGUCGAGGAGCGAAAUUACCGGGGAUCCUCUCAGAGGGAUUCGCAGCAUGCAUCUUCUCAAGAGAGCUCGUUGAGUGACCGCCUUAGGGGUAGGGUAAAGUUUCCUGGCAGGUCUGUUGGUGAUGGACAUGAAGAUAAACCUGACUGGCAAAUGGACCGGGAAAGGAGUUUGGGCAGACUGCAUCAGGGGAGGCUUAGGGAUAGACUGAAAGGAAGGCUACAAGAGGAGAACAGCAGUGCUGUGGGAAAGCGUUCAUCUAGUCCUCAAAUGAGAAGGGAAACAUGGGAUGGGACUGAUGCUAAUUUUGCUGGCCCGAAAAGUCUUUCAGAACUGAAAAGCAUGGGACAGCAAAUAAAGGGACAGGAAUCAUCAUCUUUAGCAGUUAGGCGACAAGACGAAAGGGCAGGGGACCAACAAAGUGAUGUUGACUUGUCGUUUGAAGGGCCAAAGCCUCUCAGUGUGCUCCUGAAGAGGAAAAGAGAAGCCAAGACAACAGCAGCUAGUAAAUGUGGACCAUCUGUUGGUACAGAAGGAAGUUGCGGAUGGGUGAAUGGCAGUGGGCUGAUUGAAAGCCGCACAAGUCCAGCCAACGCACAGAUACAGAGUUCUCUGUCUCAAUCCAAGGAAGAUGGCCUCAACUGCCAGGCUAAUAAGGAGGAAGGGAUCAAGCUCACAAGCAUCGAUGCAGUUGGGAACAUGCAGCAAGGCAUCCUCGGCACUCAUGGCGGUCAGUCUUCUCUCCAAGGCAAUGUGAAUCCCUCCAAAGAGAGAGAGGAGAGCAUGGUUGUUCAGGAUGCAAUUCAUGAGCAUGAGCUUGAGGGUGAUGAUCAGCAGGAUGGGGAGUAUGAUUAUGAGCAUGUUGAUGAGGGGGAAUACAAUUAUGAUGGUGAGAACGGGGAUGAAGAAUAUCUAGAUGAUGAGGAUGGUGAUGACUUUGCUAAGAAGGUGGGUGUCAUGUUGACUUGAACAAGUGACUCCUUUUGGCUUUGAGAUGGGUAGGUGGGUGGUUAUGGUUUUAGCAUGCAGAGAGAAGUGAAGAUAAGAGUUCUUUAGGAGUUUGGGAUGCUAGAGUUAUACUUAUUUCCCUGUAUUAUUAUUUGUUUAAGCAUUUUCCAUUGUAAUGAAGCAGCAGUUGCAGCGGAUUGAGUGGGAUUUUUCUGUUGCUACAGGCACCGGUAGAUGCCAUUCACCGGAGGCUUGUGAAGCCCUUUGAUGUAACAGUAGAAACUAAUAAGAAAGAUUACGAGCAGUUGUGCUCAUGUUCUGUUUGGCA